GAGGGGAAGAGAGACGAGAGAGACGAGGCGCUGAGGCGAAGUUGGUGCCGCGCCAGGGGCGCGAGAGCUGCAGCGGCAGCGAGUUGAGCGGGUGACGUCAUCAGGCCGCGACGCCGGUGCGGCUCAUGUGCGCUGUUCAGAGGUUCAGUGAAAAGUUCCGCUUUUGGAGCAGAACGGGGGAAAGGGACGCCGCGGCCCUUCAAAAACCCACUGCAGCUUAACAACAGUCCAAUCGGACAUGCGAGGAGGCUGGGACUUACUAGGAGAGAGGGGCCCAGGGCCGCGAGGCCGGCCGAGGAAGACGGGCGUCCGGAGCGGCGAGCCCGCGCAGGAGGAGUAGGGGAAGGGGGAGAAGAGCGGCGGGAGUGCCGAGAUCCGGGGGUGCACUGGUGAGGACGACCGACCCGGGAGGAAGAAUAAGCAGUAGCCGGAGUAGAACCAGGAGUAGCCGGAAUGGAGAUUACGGAAUUCAGACGACGAGCCCGGCGAGGUGGAGCAGGAGUGGAGACAGGCUGGCUAGGAGGGAAGAGGUCCUCGUCGGAGGCGAGAAAGGCUUCUCAUUGGCUGAAAUAUGCAAGGUGAACCUCUGAUAAGCUGAAGGUCUUCUUUAAGUUGGGGCUGCAGUGAAGCUGAGGGUACCUGGGGUUUCUCUGUGCUGAGAAAUACAACUGAGACAACACCAUGAUGUUUUCACGUCUGGCCCUCCUGGUCCUGGUAUCGUACGUGGCGCUGGGUGAUGCUGGCACCACCGUGACGGAUCUCAGCGCCACCGGUCUGUCUGGAGACGCAUUCGGUAACCGGCCUGAUCCCUACGUCAAGCUGUUCUGCAACAACUCCUACGGCGGCAGGACCGACACCAUCAAGGGCACCCACAGCCCGAACUGGGCCGGAAGAUUCACCUUCAGCUGCAGGCCUGGAGCCACUCUGAAGCUGGAGGUUUGGGACCAAGACAUCAACAACGAUGACCGCCUGGGCACCUGUACCCACAAGCUGGUGAAGGGAACUCACGGCUCCAAGUGCUCCCUGAAGAAGGGCACUGUGCGCUUCAACUACAGUUCCAGUUAAACACAGUCAUCACUCCCAGUAUGGAUCAGAUCAGACACACCAGAUCCAGUACAUCAGUGAUCUGGCGUUAAAUCCUUAUUUAAGAUUUAAGAUUCAUAUUUGAGCUCUGCAAUAAAGGUUUCUGUAAAGAAGAAUCCAGAAGCUUCAGAAUCUUCUUGUUGUACAUGUUUUAC